AUGAGGUUUUGGUGGACUUGUCUCAGAAGGAGACGGCCGGGAGCAUUUAACACGCGGUCGUUUUUGUUCGGUAUAGUGAUUUCCAGCCUACUUUUCAUGGGCUAUUUCUUACUAGGCCCUCGUUCUACAUGUUCGUCUGUCCCUGCUAACUUGUUUACCAGAAAACAAAGACUGGAUUUAGUGGCAUCAGUAUCAAAAGAGUUAUCUUCGUUACCAACAUGCCCGUACAAUCCAAGCUUCCUGAUUCGUGGGACGAUCGCAAGGUAUUCUGGCUGGUGGCGUAUCAAAGAAUCACUAGUUUUUCCAAGAGACGACACAGACAUGUUGAGUAGAGGCAGCCCCUGGCAUUGGUUCCAGCCCAGUCCCCUUGCGGACAGGGAAAAAGUCAGUGUGGUUUUGAAUAAGCUGUUGACUUACUUUAAGUCAAGGUAUGAAGUAGAUUCUUUAUUCUCAUGAACGAUAAGAGGGCAGCAAUAUGUGUUCCUGUUUUUUCUUAAGUUUCCGCUUUAAGAUCCGUAAAAAUCCAUUUAACAAAACGCGAAACAGAUCACCAAGGUUAUUUUUCCAACAACCACUGCACUUUUCCAUGCCACUUUUAUCGUCAGCUGGGACCUUUAUAGAAAGCUGUCAAUCAUGAGCAAUACGCGCGAACUUAACUUCCUGUGCAAUUUUACAUUCUUUACUCAAAUGGGAAAUAAAGUUUUAAGGAAGCUCGGACCGGCGUCACUGACUGCAGCUGUCAGUCCUGUUGUCAUCAACCUAAGCAACAGAGACCUUUCGAUUUUAGGGACUUUAAGAUCCAACGACGCGACGGCAACAAGAACGUCGCUUAAAAAGUGAAUUUGCGUUAAUUCAGUCUUUAUCGCAGUCAUUCCUACCCACUUACUUUGUCAAUUUGGGAAAACCCUCCUGGAAUUGAAUUCCUAGGGGCCAUAUCCAAGUUCGAAAAGGGGAAUAAAAUUUCGUCGUUGCUUGUUUAUGUCCCCCAUAAAACGCGAAGGAAAUUAAGCAUUUUCACGUCGUAGUCGUGCAAAAAUGGGCAAAGAAAUGUACAAAAAAGCGUGACGCACGUGCAAAGUUGUUGUUUUGCUUAUAAAAGCUAUUGUUUUUUAUGACGCUCUCGUUGCCGUCCGCGUCGUUGGAUCUUAAAGUCCCUUUUAAGAGGACGAGCCAGAUUUUCUAGACCCUGUUCGACUUGUCCUAGACACUUAGUAGUGCGCGCGAGUGAGCCAGUGUCAUACGAGAUGGUCGUCGUCAAACUAACAGCGACUAGUUUUAGCGAGUGCCGAGGUAACGAAAACGAAUCAUUAAAUGUUAGUAGAUUUAUCAUCGACCCUAAGAAAACUCAACCCGUUCAAAAAAAUAAAAUAAAUAAAUAACCGUGCUGACCUUUCUGGUGAAAAAAAGUACAAUGACGUUUUCCGAAAUGUCUUUUUUUAAGAAUACGCUAACAAAAAUUUGAGUUAAAUCUCGCCUAUGUAGUUGUCGGGUUCGCCCUCUAACAAAGGUGUCUAGUGAUGAUAGGUGCAUAGCCUGCGUAGCAGACGCCGAAACGGGUAGGGCCGGGUUAUAGGGGAAAAAGGAAGGGGGAUUGGGGAGAGAGGGUUUUGCGCUUUUCUCCCUCCUCCCUACCGGCUACCCCUCCCCUUUUUGUGCCUGUUAAGCAGGCUAAUAUGUGCACUUAUACCACACAACGUGGACUUUAACUCAACCGGCAGUUCCUCAAUCUUGCUGGCGGAUUUCGUCUCUCAUUUCUUUUCUUUGUUUUCUUUUUUAGGAGGUAUUACGUAAAAAAAGUGAACAAAGUGAUACAAAAAUCAGACCCCGGAAAUGGCGAUCGGUUUUUGUUGGAUCUUGAACUUGGUUUAGUGCAUGACCCAUUGAAUCGAUCAAUUCGCUUUGCACAACACGUGUACCAGAGAAACGGAAGUGAUAUAUUGUGCCAUCCUGAAGGAAUGAACUGGAACAGCAGCGCCACAGUGUAUUUUAUCCUCGCCGUCAAGGAUCAAGGACUAUGGGUACAUCAUUUCCUCAAACAGCUCACCAUGGCGAGCUUAUUAACCGGUGACACAAACUUUCACGUCGUAAUCGCUGAUUUUCAAAGUAAAGAUAUUAACAUGAGCGAGGCGUUUAGCACAUCGCUACUCCGAAGUAGGCAUACUAUCAUUAAUUUAACGGGAAAAUUUUACAAGACUCUUGCCUUGAACAAAGCAGCCGAAGCGGUGCCUAAUGCGCAUGACAUAAUUUUCGUGUUUGACCUUCACAUAGAUGUGCCUGCAGACAUCAUGGACAGCGUUCGAAAGGUUAUUCUAUUCAUAAUACUCACUAUCUGA